AUGGCUCUCGAACCGCCAAAAUAUGAAAUUUUGGAUGAGGAAACUACCAACGAGAUGCUAAAAGUAUUUGAAGGUGAAAGAGACGGCUGGGUGCUUGUAGGGCCCAAAAAGUGGCUCUUUCCGUUUAGGUACACGAAACAGGGUAAAGGAUUCUACAACUUCAAGGCAAGGCCUGAUGACACAUGGGUUCUGUCUCAUCCAAGAUCUGGUACAACAUGGACCCUGGAACUGGUUUGGCUGCUGUCGAAUAAUUUAAAUUUCGAAAGAGCAAGAAAGGAAUUCCUUGCAGAACGAUUUUCGUUUCUUGAGUUCAGUAUGUUCAAUCAUCCGGAAGUAACGCGUGAAUUUGUGGAAAUGAAUAAGGGCGAUAAAGGAAAAGAAGAAUUUUGUAGAGGUCUUAGCGUUCCAGGAUAUGAGGUUGUAGAGAAAUUGCCAUCGCCUAGAUUUAUCAAAUCGCACUUUCCGUUUAGCUUGUUACCUGGGAUUCUGGACACUGGCUGUAAGAUUGUAUACGUCGCGCGAAAUCCUAAAGAUGUCGGUGUUUCUUGGUACCAUUUAAAUAGAGCGAUCAAAACUCAAGGGUACGUGGGUGAUUUUGCGACGUUCUGGAACUUCUUUCAAAAUAAUCUUACGCCAUGGAGUCCUUACUGGGAACAUUUAAAAGAAGCGUGGGCGUAUAAGGAUCAUCCAAAUCUUUUGUUUAUGUUUUAUGAAGAAAUGCAACACGACUUCCCUGAAGCCAUUAAGAAAGUUUCGAAAUUUCUUGGAAAAACCUACACCGAUGAACAAAUGAAGGAAGUAUCAGAUUAUUUACAUAUCAAAAACUUUCGGGAUAAUCCAAUGGUGAAUAUGAGCGAAUUGAAGGAAUGCGGUAUUUUAACGUCAGGAACAUUUGUUAGGAAGGGGAACAGUGGUGGUUGGAGGGAUAUGUUUACAGCAGAUCUUGACGCUAAAGCAAACAUAUGGAUAGAAGAAAAUCUUAAAGGAACUGAUCUUGCAUUUCCAUAUUUUAACAAUAAUAUUGACAAUAAUAGUAAUUGAUAUUACAAGUAUCUCUUUAUUACAACAAAUGAAAAGAUCAUGUUUCGAAGUAAAUAAUAUUUUAUUGUAAUAUAUUCUAUACAAAAAU